CUAAUGGACGACGAAGAGCGUUCGUUUCCCUUCUUCCCGAGCUAAAAAAGGCCCUAAAAAUGGCGCCUUCCCGCACCGGCUCGUAGCCCCAAGGAGAUGAUCAAUCUCACCGGCGGUCUCCGCACCCUAUCCCUCCCCGCCCUCCGCCGCCCCUGUAGGAACCCUAGCAACCAACUCCUCCUCUGCCUAGCCACCGCUCUCUUCUCCAGCCGCCUCCCGUUCCCGCCGGAACACUCCACUUCCCCUGCCGAUACCAAGCUCGACGUUAUUCCUGCCCUCGUAUCCCAGGGCCGAUGGGGCGACCCUCUCCUCGCCGCCCUCUUCGCCUCCGCCCUGGCCCCCAUCAAGGUCUCCAUCGUCCUCCGGCAGCUCAGAGAAGACCCCCGCUCGGCCUUCCGGUUCUUCGUCUGGGCCGGCAAUCAGACCGGCUUCCGCCACACUGUCGAGUCCUACUGCGUCGCUGCCCAUGUCCUCUUCAAUGGGCGGAUGUACUCCCAGGCUCACCAGGUCCUCAAAGAGCUUGUUUUAUCGUCCCGGGCAUUGCCCGAUGCUGUAAGUGUCGUCGAUGUGCUGCAUGCCACUGCAAGGGAUUUUGGCAAUCCCGGAUAUGGAGUGUUCGAUGCGCUUUUUGGGGUCUUGACGGAUCUGGGCUUACUCGAGGAGGCAAGUGAUUGCUUUUAUCGGAUGAAAGCUUUCCGGGUUCUGCCCAAGAUGCGAUCUUGUAACAAUUUGCUGGAGCGGCUGGCAAAAUCGGGGAACGGGGAGUUGUCAAAAAGGUUUUUUGAUGAUAUAGUGAGGUCGAAUAUGGCUCCGACAGUGUUUACGUUUAAUAUCAUGAUUGAUUUCUUCUGCAAGGAGGGGGAUUUGAAGGCAGCUAAGGGAUUGUUUUUGAGGAUGAAGGAGAUGGGUUGUUCGCCGGAUGUGGUCACGUACAACUCCCUCAUUGAUGGGCAUGGGAAGCAUGGGGAGUUGGAAGAAGCAGAACGGCUUCUGGGAGAGAUGAAAGUUGCUGGUUGCAAGCCAGAUGUCAUCACUUAUAAUGCACUUAUAAACUGUUUUUGUAAGUUUGGAAAGCUACCAAAGGCAUUUGGAUAUCUUAGUGAGAUGAAGAGAAAUGAUCUGAAGCCCAAUGUGGUCACAUUCAGCAUAUUCAUUGAUGCUUUCUGCAAAGAAGGUAUGAUGCAGGAGGCCGUCAAGUUUUUUGUGGACAUGAAGGUGAGAGGGCUCACACCUAAUGAGUUUACAUAUACUUCUCUGAUAGAUGGGAAUUACAAGGCUGGGAAUCUCAAGGAAGUCUUGUUCCUGGUUGAUGAGAUGGUGCAGGAAGGAGUGGAGUUAAAUGUUGUGACUUACACUGCUUUGGUGGAUGGCCUAUGUAAAGCGGAGAAGGUUGUUGAAGCGGAGAAGGUUUUCCAAGAUAUGGAAAGGGCUGGUGUAGCCGCCAACCAGUUGGUGUACACAGCCCUGAUUCAUGGGCAUUUUGUGAGCAAGAACAUGGAGAAGGCAGUGAGUCUUCUAACCGACAUGAAGGGAAAGGGGAUUAAACCCGAUACAUCUCUGUAUGGUACUAUUAUUUGGGGUCUUUGUAAAGAUGGAAAGAUAGAUGAAGCUAAACUUCUGGUCAGUGAGAUGGAUGAAUAUGGCUUAAUGCCUAAUCAUGUCAUCUACACCACCAUAAUGGAUGCUUGCUUUAAAGCAGGAAAAGCCUCAGAGGCUCUUGGUCUUCUUCACAAGAUGCUAGAUUGCGGCAUGCUUCCUUCUGUUGUUACCUACUGUGCAUUAGUUGAUGGACUAUGUAAACAAGGAUCAGUUCGUGAAGCAACCUACCAUUUUGAUAAAAUGAGAGACUUGGGUUUGCAGCCUAAUGUGUUGGCUUACACAGCCCUCAUUGAUGGUCUAUGUAAAAAUGGUUGUUUAGGCGAAGCCAUAAAACUCUUUAAAGAAAUGGUGGGAAAUGGGAUGGCUCCAGACAAAGUUGCAUACACAUCUCUGAUAGAUGGACAUUUGAAGCAGGGCAAUCUUCAGGAGGCCUUUGAUCUGAGGAACAAAAUGGCAGAGAAUGGUCUCGAGCUAGAUCUGCAUGGUUACACCUCUUUUAUAUGGGGCUUCUGCAAUCGUGAUCAGAUGCAAGAAGCAAGGAGUAUGAUGGCAGAGAUGAUCAAUAAUGGUGUUCACCCUGACGUAGCUGUUUAUAAUUGUCUUAUAAGCAAGUAUCGAAAGUUAGGAAAUAUGGACGAAGUCCUGGAUUUGCAAAAUGAUAUGAGCAGGAGGGGUAUAAUCCCUCGCCCAAAAGAUGAUGCUGUCACAAGUGACCACUGCUGACAGGUCAUAUUUGAAUUGAAUGUACAGGACCAAUUUGUUGGUAUCACACCAUAAGAUAUAUCUUUGGUUGCUAUGACUCGAUGGUAUUUUGAUUCAUGGAGUCUAAGCUAUAAGGAAGCCACCAAGAUUAUUUUGGUGAUUUUGAUUUAUGGAGAAAUUACUUUUGACACCAGAUUACUCUUUGGAUUACUUUCUCUUCUGGUCUCCACAUCAUCAGUUGAUUGUUGGGCAUGGACAUACAUUCUGCAUAGUGAUGGUGAACUCCGCUCGAGACACACAAACCAGUUAAAACCUCAUCCACGAGAUUCUUAUGAGAGUUGAUGCCUUAAACAAUGGAAUCAUCAUAGCCAUAUCCUUUAAGAUGAUGCUAUGUCGACCUCCAUUAAGUCAGGUGGUGACUCUCUUCUCUGGAGAGUGGAGAACAGUGAAGCCAGCAAUCAAUAGUGCAAUUUGUUGAAUUGGCACUUAGCUACAUUGAACACCAGAUGUGGAGGGGCGCUCUGCAUAUAGUCAUUGAAAAUUUAGUGAUUUUGCAACAAGAAAAGCAACUUCUGGAUUUCAUGCUAUGCCAUUUCUAUUUUUGAUAUGCUGUUUCAGGCAGCUUCUUUGUUGGAGAAAAAUGAAAUGAAACUCAACCAUUUUGUUGGUGGUGGUCUACUUGAUACUAAAGUCCGGCAGUAUGAUGGGAUCCAAGGUCAACUUGCUUUGAAUUAUUUUAACCAGUGAGCAUACGUUGAACCCUGUCAAGGGGGUUGCCAACAUCUUUGGCGUUUUCAGACUCUCAUACUGUAGUUAUUCUCUCCAGCAGAUGCUUUUGCUCUGGGUGGACAUGGUCCUAUCUGGGGCCUGCUGUGGUCUCCAAGCAUCACGAAAGACUGCAUGAUAAAUGACAUUACCCGGAUCUCUGGAUCAUGGCUGCAGCUGGCCCGUGGAGUUGUGCAUGUGAUGGUUCACACUAAUCAGUCUGAAUGAUAUAAAAGUUUCUGUAGAUGGAAGUCCAAGUGAUGUUGAAGUUGGUCUCAGCUUUAAUAGGAAUCUAAUGGAUGCUGGCCUGGCAACUUUAGCUAGCUCUGGUCGAACUUGUUUAGUAUGUCAAGAUCCUUUAACUGUUGAUCUCUUACCUACUGAAUAUUUUCCAGGUAGAGACUAUUGGAGUGUAUUGCCAAUUUUUUGACACCUUCGCUGACACAAGGAAGUGUUAUUAAAGGGAGUCAAGUGGAGCUACUUGUUCAGACAGAAAGAAGAGAUGGUUAUACCAAUUAUUUUAUUGGUUGAGAUAAUUGAUUUCACACCAAGCCCCAGGUAUACAGGCAGUCAAUCCUUGAGCUUUAGAGGAACAAACGUGCAUUUUUUAUUCUAUUCAAUCUUGUAUAAUUCUGACAUAAGUAUUAGUAGUUUCAUGAAGUUAAACAGAAGGUGAAUAACAACAUUAUCCAACAUCCAAAUUUCUGAUUAAUAAAGCAUCUUUUGCAAAUGUUUGUAGAA